AUGGAUAGCAUAGUUGUUGUGGAAGAAUGCAAUAAGAGAAGUGAGUCUUUGGCUUUGGCAUCCAAAACUUCAGCUUCGGCUUCACUCGUCCAAAUUAACUCGAUUGCAAUAGAUAUCAACUGUGCUGCAGAGGAGAUUGAUCAGUCCCCCAAACAUGAGCAUUUUUCGAUACGUGGAUUUGUCUCUGAAAUGAGAAAAAGAGACUGGAAAAAAUGUAAUCCAUUUGCUUCAGAAAGUGAAAAUAAUAACGGCGGUUUGGAUUUACCUCCAUUAUCCGUUCCCAAAUUCCGGUGGUGGCAAUGUCCUAACUGUGUGCCUGAAUUUGCUGAUCAUGAAAGCAAUCUUGGUAUGAUAUUAGCGGAUAAAAGCGUUACUGCCGAAGGAAAUUGUUGUGAGAAUGUAAAUUCGGGUGAAAAACAAGGUUUACUCACACAUAGCAUACAAAAAAUAGGUAAUGAGGAGACUAAUUAUACGGGUGAUAAGAUAAUAGCUUAUAAUUCAUGGUGCGCAGAUGGAUAUAAUAAAGCUGCUGCACAUUUUAGGACUACUGAAGUUGGACCUUCAUGGACUCAUGUUCCGGAAACUAAUCAGAUCCAGCUAAUCGAGGCACCUGAAAAAUCUUCAGAUGCUUCAGAUAAAGUAUGCUCAGCUGGAAAAGCAACUUCGGGCAGUGACGAUACUAUUGCCUACAGUGCAUUACCUCACAAACGCAAACCAAAAUUGAGGUCUUUAGCCGAUAUUAUAAACGAGGAACGAAAUUUCGCGUUCGAACAUCCUAGAACAAAAUCUCUAUCAUCUUCACAGACAGAAGAUGAUUCGAAUCUUCAGUCCCGGUUAGAUGUCUCCUCAGAUACUGCUGCAAAAAGUACGAAAACGCCCCUGAGGAAAAGAAAGAAUAUAGUUCAUGAGGAUGAUGGACCUCCCGAGAAGAACUCACCCACAUUUGUAGCCAAGAAAUCGAAAGGCUCGAUUUUGGAGCCAGAGAAUAAUAGUAAGGCAUUCAAGAGAGUUGAAAUUCCAGAGUCAGACUCGGAGAAUGUAAGAACUGCAGGAAAGGCUCUGCAUAGUAAGGCCCGGAAGCAGAAAGCUCUCGACAUCAAUAGAAAAACGAGGCGGACACUUGUCGAGAACAGGACAGCUGUGCAGAUGAUGAGUAAUUCUUCUGUGCAUUGUGCAAAUCUUGGAAAUAAUUUUGGUAAUAUGGGGGACUUGGGGGCAAUUUUCAAGAAAUCUGUAUCUGGACAGGAAAGAAUGGAUGUUUUCUCUGAUCUGUCGAAGAAGGAUAAGAGGCCCGAAGGAGAUUGUACUGUCCGGGAAAAAGUUGCGUUGGACCUUUCUUUGAGCAGCUAUAUGGGUGCUGAGAUCAAUUCUAAAAACCAAGAAUCUUCCGGAAAGUGUACAGGUAUUCCCGAUUUGAACGAGUCAUUUGUUGAUAAAACGAAUGUGAUGGAAGGGCAGCAGGUGCCAGACUUCAUUGAGACGAGGAGUUUCGCUGUACAUGAGUAUUUGGAUAUAUCUGCCCCAUCCAAUAACGAGCCUGCCCGAGAAGGCGAAGGGCCAUCAGAAGUCCUCCUCGAGCAUCGCCAAGCUGCCCAAAACAUGUAUUAUAAUAAUAAUAAUACUGUAAUCGAACGUGGGCCCUCCUCGGACGAUAUCCCAAUGGAAAUAGUCGAGCUCCUGGCCAAGAAUCAACACGAUAAAGCCCAUGACAAUUCAAGAAAACAUCUCGGGCCCGAAGGCAUCAUCAAUAGCUCUUUUAAGCGGGCCCAUUAUGUUGAAAAUAACCGUGGCCCGUUCAAUUUUUCUUACGGGAGCCCAAGAACCGGCCCAAAUGUCGCGAAUGGUAACAUGGGACUCGGUCAGGAAUUCUUAAAUCCCGACAAGACCCAGUUGAGACACUUGAGCCCGUUAACAGCGGCCCAUUCAAGGAUACCGCUUUAUCCUGGCCCAAAUCCCCUGUCCAGGCCCAAACCAAGGGAGGGUGUGGAUCUAUUAUGGCCCCCGAGAAGAAAAAGCGUGACUUUCGAUCUAGCGGGUUUGGAAGAUCAUAGCUAUAGGGGCAAAAGUAUUGGUUACUUGAGCUGUGAUCAGGGGAAAAAAGCUGCUACUGACGAGUCUUUGGUCAAAGAGGGGAAAAUCGGGCUGGGCUGUAGGCCCGUUGGGCCCAUUGAUACGUAUUCGAACGAGACAAUCCCAGCCAUGCAGCUGCUGUCCUUAAUGGACCAAGGGGCCAUUUCGGGCUCUAAAGUAGGCCCGAAUAAUUUUCUUGAUCGACAAUUCUCUCCAUGCAACCAUCACCCAAGGCUGAAUAAAAACGAUAACCCAAACGAAAAAUUCGUUGGCUCCUCUUCAUUUUUCAUGAAAAGUAAUAACCAUAUCAUCAAUGACUUCCCUACUUUGCUCAAUGGUGCUCGUUUUUCAGGCGAAAGCUCGAAGAAAUCUUUUUCACAAGUUCAAAUAUUGCCACAACAAAAUGGAUAUUCAAAAUCUGUCGAUCACUUGGGGGGCCCCAGUAAUCUUGCAGGCCAGGCUUCGAGAAGUGAUGAUCUUAAGCUGGAGAUUUGCACGCUGAAUCGCAACCCGGCUGAUUUCAGCAUUCCAGAUUCGAGAAACGUAUUCAUGAUAAGCGCGAAGGAUUUGAAACCAAAGAGAAGGAUUUCGUCCAAGGAUAGAGGUCGGCCGCCUGUGAAUUUUGACGGCCCAAAGAGACCGAAGAUGAGAAAUAACUCGUCCGUAAAGAAAGCCAGAGAGAAUAACAGUCGAGCGGGUUAA